AGCUUGGCUGAGAAACAAACGUUUCUUCUCUUUUCGUGUAAUAGCUAAGGAAUCAUUUGUUAUAAAUGUGACUGUGAACGUGUGAUAAACAUGCAGAUCCAAAGCCUAUCCGUUCAUGAUGAUUGAGUGAAAAACUGUAACAGAGGUGUGGUUUGUUAAACUUAAGGAAAAAUGUUGAGUCGUCGAGAUUUUACAGCUCUCAAUAUUGGAAUAAAUGCCCCUGAAGAUGCACAGAAACGGAAAAAACAGUCCAUUAUUCGGUCAUGGUGGCGUCUGUCUCGCCUUCAGAGGUCAGUGAUUUUGACAUGCACUGUAUUGGGGCUACUUUGUGUAACUUAUUUCAUUCCUGUGAUGCUGGAGAACUUGGAAGAUGGUUCAGAAGUGGACAGUGUGGUUGGUCGUAAGAAAAUUAGGCAUGGUGUGGAAGAAAUGAAGGUGGAAGAUGAGGAUCAGAUGGACCUUCUGAAAGCAGAAAAACUGAAAGAGCUGAAUGUAAAGGCUCAGCAAGAACUAAAGGACUUUAUGGGUGAAAGAAAAGAUAAAGAAAGCAAAGUUGUGAAAAUAGUGGAGGAAGAAAAAUUGGGAAUUGGGGAAGAUGACAAAAAAUCUCCCAAGAAACAAGAACUUGUAAAUGUCAUCGACCUACCAGUCGAUGAAGCAAAUCAAAAGAAGGCAGAUGAGCAGAUUGAACCUCCUGUUUCUGGGGCAGAUGACAAAGCCAAGGACGGUCCUAAAGUAUUUGUGUCCAAAUAUGAUUUCUUUGCUGCUGGCAAGAAACGAAAUGAAAAACAACAGGCUGUUGUAGAUGCCUUUCUCCAUGCAUGGAAUGCUUAUCGCAAAUACUCGUGGGGUCAUGAUGAAUUACGUCCAGUUAGCAAGACCUCAUCUGAGUGGUUUGGAGUUGGCCUUACUUUGGUGGAUGCUCUGGACACUAUGGUCAUAAUGGGACUUAAAGAAGAAUUUGAUGUAGCCAAACAGUGGGUGGAGGAGAAACUGACCUUUUCCAUUUCCAAAGAUGUGAAUUUGUUUGAAAUUACCAUCCGUGUUUUAGGCUCACUUCUAAGCACCUUUCAUCUGACUGGAGAAGAGAUUUUCAAACAGCGAGCUAUAGAGCUAGCAGACAGACUACUUCCAUGUUUUAACUCCAAAUCAAAAGUGCCAUACUCCGAUGUGAACUUGAUGACAAGAAAUGCUCAUCCCCCACGCUGGGGACCUGAUAGCAGCACCUCAGAAGUCACGACCAUCCAGCUGGAGUUCAGAGACCUGUCCAAGGUUACUGGUCAAUCAAAAUAUGCUGACGUGGUACAUGAGGUAUCUAUGCACGUUCAUGAGCUGCCCAAGGAGCAAGGUCUGGUUCCUAUAUUCAUCAAUGCCAAUGAUGGCAAAUUCCGACAGUCUACCAUAACAGUAGGAGCUCGUGGAGAUAGUUAUUAUGAAUACCUUCUGAAGCAGUGGAUACAAAGCGGCAAAAAACUUGAUGUAUUCAAAGAGGACUAUCUUGAGGCAGUAAAUGGAAUUAAAGAGAAGCUGGUACGGAAAUCGGAGCCCAGCAAACUGACGUUUGUUGGUGAGCUCCUGAGUGGUCGCAACUUCAGUCCAAAGAUGGAUCACUUGGUGUGUUUCUUACCCGGCACUCUUGCCCUUGGGUAUCAUAAUGGACUAGAUGCGUCCCACCUGCAGCUGGCCAAGGACAUUGCCUACACCUGUUACCAGACAUAUUCCCGUAUGCCAACCAGACUAGCACCAGAGAUCACAUAUUUCAAUCUGGCUCCUGAUGCACCGGAAGACUUGAUUGUAAAGCCACUGGAUGCCCACAACCUUUUGCGACCUGAGACAGUGGAGAGUCUUUUUGUGCUGUACCGGAUAACUGGUGAACAAAAAUAUCGGGAAUGGGGGUGGCAAAUUUUCCUAGCUUUUGAGAAACACACAAAAGUUCCUGAUGCUGGCUACUCAUCCAUUCACAACGUGAAAGAUGCUACAAAUCCACGAUUCCGAGACAAGAUGGAAAGUUUCUUUUUGGCAGAAACACUAAAAUACCUAUACUUGCUGUUUAGUGAUGAUCCCAACUUAAUAUCUUUGGACGACUAUGUCUUUAAUAGUGAAGGACACCCUUUACCAAUUGAAAAAUCAUAAAAAAUAGAAGCACUUAUUUUUCUUCGCUGACCUUGUGGUUGUGGGUAGGUGGUGGUUUUCUAGUUUACUGCUGAUGUUUGAGAUAGAAUUGCAACAACAUAAAUGAGUGAAGACAAAUCUUGAAAGCAAGCUCUGAAUUUUUUGAACAUUGUUUAAGCAUUUAUAUUAUUGUUAGCCCUGAAUAUUUACAUAGACUUAAUGUAUUCUAAUGAUGCAGCAACCAGGCACUUAUUACAAAUACAGGAAUAAUUGUUGUCCUAGGUUCAGAUCUUGUCAUAGGCCUGCUGUUGUUUAUUAGCUUGUGUCACCUCUUUAAAGGGCUGGCUGCCUGGCCAGAUUUAGCCUUGGUUGCUAGCUUGGCAUAAAUGCCAGUUCUUUUCUUCUUUACGUUGAAUUAAUUUGAAGUUUAAAUCAAAUAUUUGUAUGUCUUGAUACCAAAGUACACGAAAAACUAUAAAUAACUUUUUUCUUAAAAAAAGGGAAAGAGAAAGUUACUGUCUUCAGAAUGUGGUGUGCAAGAACAUAAUGUGUAUGAUGGUUUACUUGUGUGCAUUCGAGUGUCAACAGUUAUAGGCUCACCCAGUCAAACAUAAAUCAAAGUUGCUGACAAGUUAAUAAAGACGAUCACUGUCAUUAUCACAUUGCUUAUAGAUUUAUUAGAUUAUCACAGGAAUACACAGGUAAACAUAAUUGAUAUGUGUUAGGAUCAAUGAAAAGCAUUUGAAGCACACAUUAAUGAGGCAAGCCUACUUUAGGUAUGUCAUUAAAAUGGAGAUUAGGACUUCUUAUAGAAGGGGAGAGUUAUGCAUGUUUGAAUCUUGCAAGUGUGUCUGAGUCAUAGAAUAUCUUGGAAUGAAAGAGAAUCCGGUGCAAUGGGUUCAAAUCUUUCCUUGGGGUUUCUUUGUUUGUGAUACCUAUUUACAGGGAUGACCAUCAGUGGUUUUCUUCAAGUACUCUGGUUCCCUUCACCCUUUGUGUGUUCAUGUGUGUGCUGCAUGCUGUGUGUGUGUGUGCAUUUGAGGCCCACCUAAAAAAGUGCUCGUGCACACUUGUAUGUUGUAUGAAAAGUGCUUUAAGCCCACUUUGAUGGGAAAAUGUGCUAUACAAAUGCACUGUGUGAUUAUUAUUAAAACAAAUCAUCUGUGUAUACCUUGCAGCAAUUCUUUAGCUAUAAAUAUAUAAAUUCACUGUACAUGUAUGCCUAUACAAAUCAUGCUUGUUUGGGUAUAUAUGUAUGUGUGUGUGGGUUGUAUAACAGGUGCACAGAAUCAUACUUUUAUGUAUGAGUGCAAAAUAUUUAGUCUGCAUUGAUGGUGAUGUGCUGUUUGUUUUACUAUUUAUGCUGAAGAAAAAUUGAUACUGUGUGUUGUUGGCAAGACAUGUAUUCAGGGAUUCAGGAACAAAAGUACCAACAACCUAUAGUCUGAGCAGCUGAGACUGUUUAUGUGUAAAACGCAAUUUAGUCUUCAUCUUUCAUAAGUUUAUUUGCCUUUAAUCAUCUGAAAUAGUCCUUACAAAAAAUCCCUUGUCCUCCCAAGCUGCUGAUUUGUGUGGUCUGAGUAAGUGUAAAACAAAUAUUGUGAACGUGAGAACAAGUUUGGGGCAUUAGUAUUUUUUUAAAUGCAGAUUAAGCUGGUGCCAUUGUGGUUCUCUAAGGGUUCUGUUAACAUGACAAGCACUAGCUGUUGAGAAAUGUUUAGACAAUCAGGUUAGUUUGUAAACUGGUAAAUGUUUAAUGCAUCAGCAUCUGUUCUUACACAAUAAACAGCAUUAACCAAUCCAAGCCUUCUUUUUGUGACAUCUUUAGCAAGGGUGUUUAAUUCUAACAUUAAGGAGUUUAUAAAUAUAAGUUUGACAUAACUAAGCUGCAUUUGUCAUCUAGUUAAGUCAUCUUCAAUGUUUUGAACUUCUAACAGGCUAAUCUUGUUUCUAAAUUUAGUUUUUGUCAUAAUUUCUUACUUAAUUUUGAGAAGAUACACUUUAACUGAUAGUAAAUCAAUUUUCUUUCAGUCUUUUGGUGUAGAAUUUUGUUUCUUUGUUUGUUGUUGUUUUUUGUUUUUUUUUCAAAAGAGGUGCCUGGAAAUGUGUCAGUUUUCAAAAUAGUUCAAAGUCUGGGUAAAUGUAUGCAUGUUCAUCCAUGUUUAUACUUACAUUUUGUGCACCUGUCCCCAAACAUGCGAGCUUAUUGUUUUCAGGUAAUGAUUUUAGAAGUAACACUGUACGGUGAUGGUUGCCCCAGUGCAACAUCAGUGGUGUAGGAACCAGCCGCCCCCUCAAAAAGAUGCUGGGGGGGCAAGUAUGUGAACAUCGUUUAUUGUCAGCAUGGAGCCCCUCUGCCCACCAACACCAAAAGCUGAACAUCUUCCUGUGCCACUGCAAUACUAGAGUAUUGAGUGACAGAAAGAGGGGAGGAUGUAGGGAGGAAGUAUUCCCCACUUUCAGGUUUCAACUCCAGGGUUGGGCUUAUGAAAUUGUUCAGUAUUGUAAGAGAGGAACAGUACCAUGUAUCCAUGUCUCAGAUGUGUGUAUACAGCAUCUUGUUAUUGAUGUAAAAAUUCUUCAACAGGUCCACUUGUUCAUGUGCAUGGCAAAAAUCAUUUUAAAACAUUUUUGUUGAUAUUUGUUGCAUGAUAAUCAGUUUAGUCACCUACACUCAACUUUGAUGCCAUAUAAGAAAUAAAAGGUAUGCAGAUC